CAUCUGGAGACAUCUCCAGCGCCUGGGGAUGUGGCCCUUUCCCUGUAACCAGACCACUCCACUCCCCCUGCUUCUCCAGGUGGCCCUACAGCCCCCGCUUCUAUCUUCCCUGGAACUUGCUGUGGCCGCAGCUCAGGAAUAUCUGGUGCAAAGGUUCAGAGAACUUAAGUCCCAGGAGUCCCUGGAAUCCGAUCAGCCGCCUGCCCAGAAGGCCACCUUAGGGCUGGUGCUAAGAGAAGCUGCGACCAGCAUCAUGAGCUUUGGCGCCACCUUGUUAGAGGUGCAGCUCUGGGGGAUUGAGGGAUGGGAAGAAAAGGGGGAGGGCGAAAACAGGGACCUCUAGCCCCUGUGCCCUCAAUGCAGAUCUCAGCCCUAUGGCUACAGCAGGAGGUGCAGAGACUGGACAGCAGCGAUGGUUGCCUGGGCCCAGCCCCGGACACUGGGGAUCCGGGUAGGGCGCUGGCCCGUGUAGCCCUGGCCGCAGGGCAGGGGAUUCGGCAAGCUGGAGCAGCCGCUGGCGCAAGUGUCCGGUACCUGAUCCAGGGGGCGUGGCUGUGCCUGUGUGGACGUGGUUUGCACGGGUCCACCUCAUCCCUGCAACAAACCCUACGCCAGCUGGGCCUUGGGGUCCCCCGGGAUCCGAGACACUCUGGAGACCUCAAGGUGGCAUCCAGCAGCAGUGAGGAGAACCAGGGGACCAAAUAAUCCAUCAUUGUCCCAGCCCCACCCUGUGUCCAAAUAAAAGCCCAGAACGGGACAACUGCAAGUCCCCUAACGCCAGCCUUCUUUGGCUCCGCCCUCCAUGCUGGUACACCACCUCUGUGGGAUCCACUUUGAGGUUACCUGCCCAGCAGUGGCACGCUCAGAGAUGUCUCUGGAAUUUUCUGGGCAAUUAGGAACAAGAAGACAGUCUGGGCUAGCAGGACGUUGAUUGAGACAGUGCAUUUCUGGCCACCAGCUGGAGGGAGCAUGCUGUGAGAGGCAUCCCAGGGAGCGAGCCCAGCCUGGAGUUUAGGAGUCAGGGGUCACCCCUUACCCUGAGCAGGCAGGAAGUAAGCGAGCAGCACCAAGCCAGAAAUGAGCACACAAGGUACGAUGAUGUUGAUGACGUAAAAAAGUGGCUUCCGGCGGAUGAUGAGCGUGUAGAUGACAUCAGUUUCUCCUGGGACUUCUGUAGGGCCUCCCUCAUAGCGGCGAAUCAUGCCUGGGCAGUAGUCGAUGGCCCAUUCUCCAUUCUCUGCAGGACGUGGGGCACAGUCAGCCCACAUACCUGCAACUCCAGGCUGAGUGGGUGGGUGCAGCUGUCUGGGCCUGUGUGAACCACUUGGACCCUGGGCUGUCAGCAUGGGGGAAGUAUAGGCAGAGAGGGGCAUUCCUGGUAAGGGUGCAGAACAGACCAUAGGGAAGAGAGCGGCCUAGUGUGACAACUGAGAUGGACUUCAAGAAGAGCCAGCUCAAGCAGUGCGGCCCAAGUCAACCCCACGCUGCAAGUCCCCUCCUUGGACCUCACGUGAGAAAGGGUUUUUGCAAAAGGGAUAGGCCUUCACCAG